GCAAGUUCAUAUGCUUCUACUUCUGGCCUUCUUAUCCCUCAGGAUCCAUGUACCUUGUGACCCAGCCAGGCAGAGAGCAUUCUAGAAGACCUACAAAUGCUUCAUGAAAUUUGGAUUUACCCAAACAACCGUAUGACUUGGGGUAAAGAUCUUAAGGAAGGAGAGAGAGAGCCCUCUUCAGUCUGGGAUUGUAGACCGAUGGGGAGUCGGGGAGGGAAUGGAAUGAUCUAGAGUAGGUCUGACACUGAAAGAUGUUAUUAAUAGCAUUUUUUUCUUCCAGUUGAAUUUGGCUGGCAUUUGUUUUAACUUUAGAGAUUGUUUCCUAGUAUUUGAUGAAAGUAUUAAAGUUUUUAGAAACGUUGGGGAAAUCAUGGACAUUCUUUCAAGAUAGUGCAAAUCUCUUUUUGGCCUUCUGAGGUACUGGCAGCUAUGGUGGUUUUCUCUUCAGUUCAGCUAUCCUUUAGAGCUCCUUCCCUCUUCCUCCAACUCCCCUUGCUCUUUAUACCCCCUACCCUCCCCCAGCCCCAUGCCCCUUCCCUCACCAGGACAAAGACAUUCUGGGUCAGAGAUGGAGGUUGUGUCUGCACCCCUAUGUGGCAGCAUUCUCUGGUCAGAAGCAGAGCACUGUACUUUGUACAUUUAAAAACAUUUAAAAACAAAACAAUGGGGAAUUCCCUGGCGGUCCAGUGGUUAGGACUUGGCAGUCUCACUGCUGGGACCCCGGGUUCAAUCCCUCGUUGGGGAACUAAAAUCCUGCAAGAUGUGUGGCGCAGCCAAAAAUAAAACAAAACAACGUCAAUCCAAGGCAAUAUUUAUAGGUGUUAUACCAGAUUGCCAGAGGGGUCCGUAGCUUAAACAAAGAUUAAGAACCCUUAUUUCAAAGGGUCAGUUCCCCAAAUCAUUUUAGUUUUUCUCCUUAUUGAUAUUUCUCAUUCAGCCAACUCAGCAAUGUCUCUAUAAAGAAUAUUAGGAAAGGCUGCUCAGAAUGGGAGCUCCACACCCAGGAGUGUGGCUGCAAAGUGGAAUGGAUAGGAGGAUGCUAUGCAACUUACCUGCUGUGCAACUUUGAUUUCUUUAACUGUAAAAUGGAAGUAACAAGAGUAACUACCUCAUGCGGUUGCUUUGAGCAUUACUUAAGUUGAUAUUUUAAUACACUUAGAACAGUACCUGGCACAUGGGAAAACUGCCUGCCAAGUAGCCGGAGCUCUCUGAAGUUACAAGGCUGCCUGGGUGAAGGGAGAGGAGAGAGCCCAUGCAUGUUUGGCUCUGGCCACCACCAGUCCUCAGGAUGCAAGAAGCCAGUGUCUGCCUCAGGGAAGGAGAUGGAUUGGGCACAGAUGGCAUGCCACCGAUGUCUAGUGUACCUGGGGGAUUUGUCACGAUAUCAGAAUGAAUUAGCUGGCGUAGACACUGAGCUGCUAGCUGAGAGAUUUUACUACCAAGCCCUGUCAGUGGCUCCCCAGAUUGGAAUGCCCUUCAACCAGCUGGGCACACUUGCCGGCAGCAAGUACUAUAACGUGGAAGCCACGUAUUGCUACCUGCGCUGCAUCCAGUCGGAAGUGUCCUUUGAGGGGGCCUAUGGGAACCUCAAGCGGCUGUAUGACAAGGCAGCCAAAAUGUACCACCAGCUGAAGAAGUGCGAGACUCGGAAGCUCUCUCCCAGCAAGAAGCGAUGUAAAGACAUUAAGAGGUUGCUGGUGAACUUUAUGUAUCUGCAAAGCCUCCUGCAGCCCAAAAGCAGCUCUGUGGACUCAGAGCUGACAUCACUUUGCCAGUCAGUCCUGGAGGACUUCAACCUCUGUCUCUUCUACCUGCCCUCCUCACCCAACCUCAGCCUGGCCAGUGAGGAUGAGGAGGAGUAUGAGAGUGGAUAUGCUUUCCUCCCGGACCUUCUCAUCUUUCAGAUGGUCAUCAUCUGCCUUAUGGGUGUGCACAGCUUGAAGAGAGCAGGAUCCAAGCAGUACAGUGCAGCCAUUGCCUUCACCCUGGCCCUCUUCUCCCACCUUGUCAAUCAUGUCAACAUACGGCUGCAAGCUGAGCUGGAAGAGGGCGAGAAUCCCGUCCCGGCAUUCCAGAGUGAUGGCACAGAUGAAGCAGAGUCCAAGGAACCCUUGGAGAACGUGGAGGAGCCGGGUCCUGAGCCUCCUCCUGCAGCAUCUCAAGAUGGCGAGGUCAGAAAGAGCCGGAAGUUCUCCCGCCUCUCCUGCCUCCGCCGUCGGCGCCACCCACCCAAAGCUGGUGAUGACAGUGACCUGAGUGAAGGCUUUGACUCAGACUCGAGCCAUGACUCACCCCGGGCCAGUGAGGGCUCAGACAGUGGCUCCGACAAGAGCCUUGAAGGUGGGGGAACAGCCUUUGAUGCCGAGACAGAUUCAGAAAUGAACAGCCAAGAGUCCCGAUCAGACCUGGAAGAUAUGGAGGACGAGGAAGGGACACGGUCCCCAGCCCUGGAGCCACCUCGGGCCAGGUCAGAGGCUCCUGAAUCCCUCAACGGCCCACUGGGCCCCAGUGAGGCCAGCAUUGCCAGCAAUCUACAAGCCAUGUCCACCCAGAUGUUCCAGACUAAACGCUGCUUCCGACUGGCCCCCACCUUCAGCAACCUGCUCCUCCAGCCCGCCACCGAAGCUCCCACCUUGGCCAGCCGCAGGCCCUGUGUCAAUGGGGAUGUGGACAAGCCCUCAGAGCCAGCCUCUGAAGAGGGCUCUGAGUCGGAGGGAAGUGAGUCUAGUGGGCGCUCCUGUCGGAAUGAGCGCAGCAUCCAGGAGAAGCUGCAAGUCCUGAUGGCGGAAGGCCUGCUUCCUGCUGUGAAAGUCUUCCUGGACUGGCUACGGACUAACCCCGACCUCAUCAUAGUGUGUGCGCAGAGCUCUCAAAGUCUGUGGAACCGCCUCUCUGUGUUGCUUAAUCUGUUGCCAGCUGCUGGCGAACUCCAAGAGUCUGGCCUGGUCCUGUGUCCUGAGGUCCAGGAUCUUCUUGAAGGUUGUGAACUGCCUGACCUCCCGUCUAGCUUGCUGCUCCCAGAGGACAUGGCACUUCGCAACCUGCCUCCCCUCCGGGCUGCCCACAGACGCUUUAACUUCGACACGGAUCGGCUCUUGCUCAGCACCUCAGAGGAGACGGUCGUGCGCAUCUGCUGCAUCCGCAGCUUUGGCCACUUCGUUGCCCGCCUGCAAGGCAGCAUCCUGCAGUUCAACCCAGAGGUUGGCAUCUUCGUCAGCAUCGCCCAGUCUGAGCAGGAGAGCCUGCUGCAGCAGGCCCAGGCCCAGUUCCGAAUGGCACAGGAGGAAGCUCGGCGGAACAGGCUAAUGAGAGACAUGGCCCAGCUACGACUUCAGCUCGAGGUCUCUCAGCUGGAAGGGAGCCUGCAGCAGCCCAAGGCCCAGUCAGCAAUGUCUCCCUACCUCGUCCCCGACACCCAAGCCCUUUGCCACCACCUCCCUGUCAUCCGCCAGCUGGCCACCAGUGGCCGCUUCAUUGUCAUCAUCCCAAGGACAGUGAUCGAUGGCCUGGAUUUGCUGAAGAAGGAACACCCCGGGGCCCGGGAUGGGAUCCGAUACCUGGAGGCAGAGUUUAAAAAAGGGAACAGGUACAUUCGCUGCCAGAAAGAGGUGGGGAAGAGCUUUGAGCGGCAUAAGCUGAAGAGGCAGGAUGCAGAUGCCUGGACGCUCUAUAAGAUCCUGGACAGCUGCAAACAGCUGACUCUGGCCCAGGGGGCAGGUGAGGAGGACCCGAGUGGCAUGGUGACCAUCAUCACAGGCCUUCCACUGGACAACCCCAGCACGCUCUCAGGCCCUAUGCAGGCAGCCUUGCAGGCCGCUGCACAUGCCAGUGUGGACAUCAAGAAUGUUCUGGACUUCUACAAGCAGUGGAAGGAGAUUGGUUGAGACCGACCCCCAGGCCCUGCAGCGGGGCUGACUCCAGAUCUCUCCUGCCCUCCCUGGCAGCCAGGACCACCACCUGUAGUCACCCCACCACACGCAGACUCACGCACGCACACAGGAAGGAAGCCCAGCUGCACACAGGCUGCAGGGAGGGCCCAGGAGCCAGCUGGGAGGGCGGGGUCCCCCUGUUGCCAAGACGACGUCAGGAAAGCAAGGAAAGUGCUUGGAGCAGGAGAGGCCUGUUGGCCCCUAGCCAGCCUUCCUGCCUCAGCCCCCCUGCUUUCCCCAGGGGCAGGUGGCAGGCACGGGUGUCUGCAUUUCGUUGGAGUGGUUCCUGGACCUCUUGAGGGGAAGGGACAGCAGAAGGGGCCCUUCUUCCUCACCCAAGACGCAGGGUGGUUGGUGCCAGGAGUUUGGGCCCUCUGGGCCUGGGGGUAGAGUUGGGUAACACCAGGUGUCUGGGUGGUUCUCUGCAGACCCUUCCUCUCCUUGAGGACCACCCAUCCCCCUCUCAUCUCCCUUUGCAGGGGCUGGGCAGCUCUGGAGCCUUGGGGACUCUUAAGGAAGAGGGGCCUGGAGCUGCCUGCGCCAGUAGCAGGGCGGGGCUUAGAUCCCCUCCUCCUGCUGCAGGGGAUGCACACCCAUUGCCCCACUUCUGUUUUCUGUCUCCCUUCGUCUAGCUUCCAGGGCAGGGAGCAGGCCCACGACGGCUGCAGGCAGUCUGGCCUAUAUGCCAAUGAGGGCUUCUGUGCCUGCCAGCCCCAUGGUCACUGCGCUUUGUGCUCUGGGCUGCUGUGCUGGGACAGAGUGGGAUGCCAGUAAGAGGAGAGAGGGGUGAAGUUUGAGGCCACAACCCCCCUUACUACCUAGGGAGGGGCCUGUGUUCGGAUGGACAGCAGAAAGGAGAGGCUCUUGAAGCUGCCCGGCCAGGGACCCUCUGCCCUGAUGGGCUUCCCUACUUUUGUCCUUCCCCGGGACUAAAGGCCUGGAGGAGCUGAGCAUGGGGCUAGCUUCUGGAGUGUUGAGGUGAAUGUGAGAGCGGAGAUCACGAAUAGCUCAGGGCAGUGAGUGGAGCAGCAAGAGUGGGGCUGAGUGUGGGAGGCUUUGGCCAGGAUUGCCUCGGCCCCUCCCGCUCGGGCUGCACAUACAGCUCGGGCUGGGGGUUGAGGGUCGGGGAUCUCAGCUCUGCUGUUCCCCACCCCAGAGCACUAGCCUAGCUUCCCAGACUGUUCUCGGAGGAGAACUGGCUGCCUGCCUCCUUCCUCUAAGACAGCAAGUCUGGGACAACCUGGGGGGAGUGGGAUCACCCCCACUUCCAGUCCCUGGCAGAGGCUGAGACUAAAGCAUCACUUAAUAAAGACCCCCAGAAGCCCACUCCUUGUCUCCUGGUGCCUUUCUGUACAGUUUUAUUGGGACAUUGGAGAUUACAUACUGAAAUGGCAGUUUGGAAAGGUUUCUUUGAGGUGGCCCAGUUGAAGCAAGUAACCAGCAGCUGGAGCACAAACUCCAGAGACGGUUUUGAUAGAUGUGAAGUUCAUUGAACUGAGCUGCUGCCUUCACAAGGGUGAUAGGUGAAAACAAUAUACAGAUGAUCCUGAAGAAUAUGUGGUUUUAGGGCGCUGACCCCUAUGCAAGCAAAAAUCUGCACUUGAUUUUACAGUCCGCCCUCUGUAUCUGCAGUUCCACAUCCAUGAUUCAACCCACUGGGGACCGUGUAGUACUGAGUACAUAUUUAGUGAAAGAAAGCUGCAUAUAAACGCAGUUCAAACCUAUGUUCAAGGGUCAACUAUUUUGAAGGCUACGUUGCUCCCUGGGGGUGGUUUGCGGUUUUCAGCUGGGUCCUCUGAAUCAGGGAGAAACUUCCUCAGUGGAGAGGUGAGGGUGAACCUUGAAACCAGCCUCUGAGUAUUCAACCCCAUCCCUCCGCAAGCACUGACACCUCAAGUGUGUCUGGGGAGUGGAGAAGCUUGGUGAACCCCUCGAGGUUGAACCAACAUUUACCAAAUGCAUUUGCUCUGGAUUCUGCCCAGCACCAGGCGCUGAGAGGCAGCGAAGCACAGUGAGAAGAGGUUUUGGAGAAUUCAUAUUCAGGGUUUGGAUUCCUCUGCCCAGCUUGAGGCAGAGCCACUCUCAGCUCCUGGGAGAGCCUGGAACCCUGGAGCCGUGGGGCAGCCUGGUCUGAGGGGGGCGCUCUGCACCACCCUGGCUGCAUCCUGGCUAGGGCCCUGGCCUCUUCCGGCCAGUCUGCUCUCAGUGGGGUGGGG